GUUUAUAUUUAUUGUACAAUUCACUUUUACCAACUAAAUUAAUUCAUAAACAAUACGCGGGUUGAAUUAACAUUAAAGAAAGUAUAAACAAAUAAGAAAUGUUCGUAAAUUGAAUUGUUGCAAUAUGUGUGUGUGUACCAAAUUGUUUAUGUUAAUACACAUCCAUCGUACCCCCACCGUAGUGACAAACAUUUUUAGUCAAAAACUAUCAAAAUUAAAAGUGUCUCCAUUAAAUAUUACCUCAAAAAAAUUAUUACAUUCUAUUAGAAAUCAUUGUGGAAAACCUCCUCAAACCGUUACUUCUAUAACAAUAAAUGGAAAUUUAAAUCGUUCUAUAAGAUUUAAUAAACAUCAGAACAUCAUCAUCAACAGGUUUUAUACAGUGAAUUGGCCAACAUUGUUUUUGCGUUCUUUCCCAAGGUCAUUGCGUCAUUGUUUCCAGCUACAGCUGUCACAACAACAACAAGUAGUACUACAACACCAACAACUGAAUACAAAACGUCUCUUAAGUAUGGGUUCCAUCAACUGUAAAGAAUAUGUGACCGCCAAUGAUGCCUGCGCAAAUCAACCAGAAAAUGGUACCACCGGUUCUGGAUCAUAUCAGUCUACCUGCGAAAAAAAGAUGAGUGACGAAUAUACUGACUCUGUAGCCGUUUGCAAUGUCAACGAUUUACAGGAACAUGAUAUGAAACAAUUUAAUUUCGAUGAAAACACCAAAGUUCUGGUGGUCAAACAGAAUAAUCAAAUUAAAGCUGUAGGCAGUAAAUGCACCCAUUAUGGAGCCCCUCUCCAUACUGGUGUACUAGGUGAUGGUCGUGUUCGUUGCCCUUGGCAUGGAGCCUGUUUUAAUAUUGAUACUGGUGACAUAGAAGAUUUCCCCGGUCUUGAUUCUUUGCCCUGUUUCAAGGUUGAUGUUGAAAAGGAUGGCCAAGUCAUGCUGAGAGCUAAACGUAAAGAUCUUGAGAGUUCGAAACGUCUAAAAGAUAUGGUGAAACGUGAUCCCAAAAAUCAUCUUUGUUAUGUAAUAAUUGGCGGUGGUCCUUCCGGAGCUGUUUGUGCGGAGACUUUACGCCAGGAAGGCUUUACGGGUCGUAUUGUUAUGGUUUGCAAAGAAGAGUAUUUGCCAUAUGAUCGUGUAAAGAUUACCAAAGCCAGUGAUAUUAAAAUUGAUACCAUCCAGUUCCGCAAACAUGAAUUCUAUGAUGAGUAUGGCAUCGAAACUUUAAUGUCCACCGAAGCUACCAAGGUAGAUUGCGAAACCAAAACUGUGUUUCUGUCAAACGACACAACACUUAAGUACGACAAAAUGUUCAUUGCAACUGGUUGUAGUGCUAGUAAACCUCCAAUUAAGGGUGUUGAUCUGAAUGGUGUAGUCGUGGUGCGAGAGUAUGAAGACCUUCGUCAGAUAAAUAAAUUGAUUAAACCCGAAGCAAAUGUUGUUUGUUUGGGAUCGAGCUUUAUAGCCUUGGAAUCUGCACAAAAUUGGGUGAAGAAAGUUAAAAGUAUGACUGUAAUAUCGCGUACAGAAUUUCCUCUUAUGGCCAGUUUUGGUUCGGCCAUUGGUGAACGGGUAUUACGUUUAUACCGUGAUCAAGGUGUCAAUAUGGUUAUGAGCAGUGGCAUUGUCGAGGCAAUUGGCGAUUCCAACAACAAACUUACCGAAGUAGUAUUAACUGAUGGCACUAAACUACCCUGCGAUAUACUAAUUAUGGGAACCGGAUCUAGAUUCAAUACUAAAUUCUUAGUAGGUUCUGGUUUACCAAUCAAUGCAAAUGGCUCUAUUGAUUCUGAUAUUUAUUUGAAAUCAUUGGUCGAUGAUGUCUAUGUUGGUGGCGAUAUUGUUAAUGCUCCAGUCUACUCAUACAAUAAUCAACGUGCCACCAUUGGCCAUUAUCAAUUGGCUCAAUAUCAUGGUCGUAUAGCAGCCAUAAAUAUGGUCGGCAAUACUCCGCAGGAAUUACAAGCUGUCCCCUUCUUCUUUACCAUGCUUUUUGGCAAAGGUUUCCGUUAUUCUGGUUAUGGUUCAUAUAGCGAUGUAGUCAUUGAAGGCGAUUUGGAAAAUUUGAAAUUUGUAGCUUAUUUCAUUGACGAACAGGACAAUGUGGUAGCAGUGGCUUCGUGUGGUCGCGAUCCAAUUGUAGCACAAUUUGCAGAACUGCAGAGUCAAGGCAAAAAGCUGAUUCGUUCAGAUUUACAGAAUCCAAAUGAUCCCACAGCUUGGACAAAACUGCUUAAGGAACCAGUCAAGUGUUUUUAAGCGCUUAUGCUUAAAAUGAACUUUCAAAUAUUUGUAUUAUUAUUUACUUUAAAUGUUGUAGCUUUGUACUAUUAAUACGUUAUUUAUAUAGUAUAUUUCCCUCUUUUUUUACAAAUUGUUAAUAAAUAUUAUUUGCAAAAAUCGA